AUAAAUAGUAAACACAAGUAGUAGAACGUUAGAGGCAUAACCAUGUCGUUAGAUAUGAAAAGUUGUUAUCGUAUUGACUCCAAGUUAAGGACAGUCAUGAAACGAUAUCUUUGGUCCACGUUUUCCCACUUUGUCCACACUUUGAACUCUCUAUUUAUCUAUGUAGGACUCCGGUGGAAAAUGGGUGAAAAUCGAAUGGAAGAUGUGAAUGAAAAGGCAUUUAGGUGGUGUAGAAAAUCGAUUGGUGGCGCCUGGGCUCGAAUAUCCAAAGGAGAGAUAGAUAUAAAACCUAUAAGUGGGGGACUUACAAAUAGACUAUAUCUGUGUUGCUUGCCAGAUGGAACAGAAACUAAGGACAGUGAGCCCCGUCAAGUGCUAAUGAGAAUAUACGGUGAAAUCGCUCAAAGAAAUGAUUACAUGCUCAGGAACUCUGUCAUUUUUGCUUUGUUUUCUGAAAAGAAGAAAGGACCAAAGCUGUAUGGGAUGUACCCAGAGGGACGGAUAGAGGAAUACAUUCCUUCUAGAUCACUGAAGCGUAAGGAAUUACACGAUACAAAGCUUUCACAACACAUUGCUAAAAAACUUGCAUACUUUCAUACCCUGGAAAUGCCGCUAACUAAGCAACCAAAUUUCCUACGCAAGCAGAUGAAUGAGUGGUUGUCAGAGGCUGAAAAAAUUUUAGAGAGUGCUGCCACAAAAAAUCCUUGCCCUUUGGUUGGGAAGUUGCAAUCAUUUCAACUCAGGAAGGAACUUUUAGAGUUAUUAUCUAUAAUGGGAAACUGUCACUCUCCAGUGGUAUUCUCACACAAUGAUUUACAAGAAGGUAACAUAUUGUUAAUAGAAGAUGAACCAGACGAAGAGAAGAGACUAACAGUAAUUGAUUGGGAAUAUGGCAGCUAUAAUUACAGAGGAUUUGAUUUUGGCAAUCAUUUUUGUGAGUGGUCGUGUGAUUAUUCAUGUGACGAGUAUCCAUAUUUCUCCUAUCAUCCCGAGGAUUAUCCCCCUACACAUAGACAGUAUGAGUUUUUCCGUAAAUAUCUCGUGGAGCAAAAUAAGAUCCUGCCCGUUCCAGUGGAGAUAAAUGAGGAGACAUUAAAACAAAUGUACAAAGAAGCCAAUAUCUUUGCCAUGACAUCACAUUUCUUUUGGGCUUUGUGGUCCAUUGUUCAGUUAGAAAUUUCAGACAUUGAGUUUGGAUACUUGGAGUAUGCAAUCACAAGGUUUGAGGGGUACUUUGCAAAGAAAGAAUCCAAUGCAAAGGAAGGCCUCAUCUGAUUGAUUGAGCAUUGAAUCCAUGGAAACCAAAGAUGGAUACAACUCCAGUGCCAUAGACUGGGCUCAGUUCAGCGCCAUCUACGAGAGUUACAGUCCUUCCAACUACAGUUGUCUUUCUUUUUAAAUUUUUGUUUUUAAAACAUUUUACUGUUUUUUAAUUGUAUGGAAAUCCACUGUCCAAUAUUUACAUAUAUCAGUGGAGAAAAUUAUGGACAGAAUAUUGUAUACAUGCAUUAUGUUUUAUAAUAAAAAUCAACUC